AUGGUUUUUUUUUUUUGUACAAAUUCUUACACUACUGUGCCAAUCACAGGUAUUUUGGAGCCUCAUGCAAUUGUGGGGAUCAAAUUCCGAGGCGACAAGUUAAUUGCCCUUCAGAAAAGGAAUGAUGAAAUCAUGCAACAACUUGAAGCAAUGCUUAUUGAAGAUGUUAAGCAUCAUGGUGUUGAUUCGACUGAGGCAAAUCGCAUACGAACGUUGAUUACCAAGCGGUCAGAAGACUUAAAGAAAGCUUACAGAGGAGUGACUGUGGAGCUUGCCGAUUUACAUGAUCGCCCAGAGCGAAUGUUUCUAAAGAAUGCAGUACAGGUUAGUAUGAUAUUCGAGCAUGAAUGUUUAAAUUACAUUGUUGUUAGAGUACUCUUACAGCAUGUCGUUGAUCUUGCAAGUUCGCGUAAUCUUUUCAAUCAGAUAUUCUCAUUAGAAACGGCGAAAGUCCAUAUGUGUGAGACGUAA